UCUCCACGGCCCCGCCCCGCCCUGUCUUCUUCGUGACCCCGUCUCUGACCUGGCACGCUCCGCCCACUUCUGGUUGGCGGGUGCGCGUGCGCACUUGCGGGCCUGUUCUGACAGCUUCGGGCCUCCAGGAAUGGGAGAGUAGGAGGUGUCGCGAGAGUUGACCUCCAGCUUUGUGGGAGCUUUAACUAUGGCGAGCUUGGGGGUCGGGGCUGAACAGGAGCCCCUCUUAGGAGACCAUACACCAGGAAGCAGAGGGGAUAUUAUAGAAACUGAGGAGCAUUAUAAGAGUCGAUGGAGAUCUAUUAGGAUUCUGUAUUUUACUAUGUUUCUCAGCAGUGUAGGAUUUUCUAUUGUGAUAAUGUCAAUAUGGCCAUAUCUCCAAAAGAUUGAUCAGACAGCCGAUGCAAGUUUUUUGGGCUGGGUUAUUGCUACAUUUAGCCUUGGCCAAAUGGCAGCUUCACCUUUAUUUGGUUUGUGGUCUAAUUAUAGACCAAGAAAAGAACCUCUCAUCGUUUCCAUUUUCAUUUCGGUGGCAGCCAACUGCCUCUAUGCCUAUGUCCACCUACCACCUUCUCAUAAUAAAUACUACAUGUUGGUUGCUCGUGGAUUAGUGGGAUUUGGAGCAGGAAAUGUAGCUGUUAUUAGAUCAUAUAUUGCUGGUGCUACCUCUCUUCAAGAAAGAACAAGUGCCAUGGCAAACACAAGUGCAUGCCAAGCAUUAGGUUUUAUCCUAGGUCCAGUUUUUCAGACUUGUUUUGCACUCAUUGGAGAAAAGGGUGUGACAUGGGAUACCAUUAAGCUGCAGAUAAACAUGUAUACAGCACCUGUUUUACUUAGUGUCUUCCUGGGAAUAUUAAAUAUUAUUCUGAUCCUUACUAUAUUAAGAGAACAUCGUGUGGAUGACUCAGGACGACAGUGUAAAAAUAUUAAUUUUGAAGAAGUAAGUACCGAUGAAGUUCAGUUUCCCGAAGGAAAUAUUGAUCAAGUUGCUGUUGUGGCCACCAAUGUUCUGUUUUUCGUGGUUCUGUUUAUCUUUGCCCUUUUUGAAACCAUCGUUACUCCAUUAACAAUGGAUAUGUAUGCCUGGACCAGAGAACAAGCUGUAUUAUAUGAUGGAAUAAUACUUGCUGCUCUUGGAGUUGAGGCAGUUAUUAUUUUCAUGGGGAUAAAAUUAGUUUCCAAAAAGAUUGGAGAGCGUGCUAUCCUACUGGGAGGACUCAUCGUUGUAUGGGUUGGCUUCUUUAUCUUGUUACCUUGGGGAAAUCAGUUUCCUAAAAUACAGUGGGAAGAUUUACAUAAUAAUUCAAUCCCUAAUACCACAUUUGGGGAAAUAAUUAUUACUCUUUGGAAGUCUCCAAGAGAAGAUCACAAUGAAGGACCAACCGGUUGUCCAUUUGAACAAGCCUGGUGCCUCUACACCCCCAUGAUCCAUCUGGCCCAGUUCCUGAUAGCAGCUGUGCUAGUUGGAAUAGGCUAUCCAUCCUGCAAUGUUAUGUCCUAUACAUUAUAUUCAAAAAUUCUGGGACCAAAACCUCAGGGUGUGUACAUGGGUUGGUUAACAGCAUCUGGAAGUGCAGCACGGAUUCUUGGACCUGUGUUCAUCAGCCAAGUGUAUACUGCCUGGGGCCCACGAUGGGCUUUCAGCCUUGUGUGUGGGCUGGUGUUGCUUACCAUCACACUCCUGGGUGUGGUUUACAAAAGACUCAUUGCUUUCUCUGUGAGGCAUGGAGGAAUUCAGGAGUAACUUAGCUAAGUCUGUGAUGGAAAGUACUUGUCGUGUAGACCUUCCUCUUUUAAGGCUCUGCUAGACAGUUGCUAGUAGUCAGUUUCCCAAAAUCAGGUUGGAGGUACUGUAUGCUUUGAAUAACAAGAAUAUUUAUUCAAUAACGCAGGGAAUUCUAUGUGUAAGUGUGAAUAACAAGAUAAUAUAAAAAACUCUUGAUCAUAGUUUCCUUGUCUCAAAAAAAAAUAGUCUUCAUAUAAUUUUUGGGGAGGUGUGUGGCAUGAACUCAUGUGUGAAAGGACAGUGGUCUAUAAAUGGGAAGUUACACUCUUAAUUCAAACUGUCAUCAAAAUAACAAGAGACUAUCUAUGCAGUGAAAUCAUAGAGUUCUUUAUUUUAGGGCCGUACCUGCGGCAUAUGAAAGUUCCCAGGCUAGGGUUCAAAUUGGAGCUACAGCUGCCAGCCAACACUACAGCCACAGCAACACUGAAUCCUCAACCCACUGAGUGAGACCAGGAUUGAACCUGCAUCCUCAUGGAUACUAGUCUGGCUCAUUACCGCUGAGCCACAACAGGAAUUUCCCAUAGGGAGAGUUCUGUAUGAAUUACCUGUAAUAGAAUGAAAUUAUAGAAAUUGUCUACCUAAACAGAGAUACAUUUAUUCAAAGGUAUCUCUUUUUUAAUUUAUAAAAAAAAUGGGAGUUCCUGCUGUGGUGUAGCAGGUUGGGGAUCAGGUGUUGUUUCUGCAGUGGUGCGUGUUUGAUCCCCAGGCUGGUGCAGUGGGUUGAGGAUCCAGCAUUGCCACAACUGUGGUGUAGGUUGCAGCUGUGGCUUGGGUUUGAUCCCUGACCCAGGAACUUUCAUGUGCCAUAGGUGCAGCCAAAAAAAAAAAAAAAAAAAAGAACAGACAAAAAACCCACAAUGCAUUUUUUUGCUACUAUCAAGUUUUCUUUACAAAAUAAAAUCAUUACUUCUAAAUUUUCCACUCACCAUGCCUGCCAUUCCACAUUAGCUUCUAUAAGUCAUUGUUUUUAAUACUAUACUUUUUGUCUUAAUUUUGGUUUGGGAUCUCGCUGAAGAAUCCCAAAGUUAAUACAUGAGUAUGAGUAAGGCUCAUAUUUGAGGAAUAAAGAGGAUUAAGCGAUCAAGAUGGGUGUCACUACCUUUAGUAGGAAUAACCACUUUUUUCUUUAAAGUCCUAAUAAAUAAUUCACUUUAGAAAUAUAA